AAGGUGAAUUUCAUUUACAAAUUGGACAUUUUCUUCAAUGAUUCAAAAAAUUUCAAUCGCCGAGAAUGAAUUCUGUUCUAGUUGUUGCACUUGAAACAUACAAUGCCAUCCUUUAUCGUCAAAUGAUAUUAAAAAUAAUUUUGGCCAAUCUUUGUUUACAAACUGUCUAUUGUAAUAAACACAUUAUAAUGGAUAAUGGAUUUCAAGAUUGUGAACGUCGUAUUUUUUGCUGUUUUUGAUCAUCAUACUUAAUUUUGAUAAUCAUUGAAUUUUUUGCUAUAUUUGUUUGAAAUAUUACUAAAUUCUGUGAUCUUGAUUUGCUAUUAUUUGGAAUUUAUGUUUUUACAAAACCAUGUCAUCUUCUUUAUCUCAUAAAGAAAAAAAGAAUAGAAUUGGGCAUUUUAAAAAAAUUCCCGAAGCAAUGCUGGAGAUAAUUAAUCUGAAUGUUGGCGGAAAAAGAUUCACUACAAGCAAAAGCACUCUUUGUUCAGUCUCGGAUACAUUCUUCACAGCUAUGCUGAUGGGAGGUAUACCAACAUCUCGUGAUGAUUCUGGUGCUAUAUUCAUUGAUCGUGAUCCCGAUUUGUUUGCAAUUAUUCUCAACUAUUUGCGGACCAAUAAAUUACACAAUGUGAAUGAGCACAACUUUGAUAGUUUGAUGGAUGAAGCCAAGUUUUUCAGCAUCACACCUUUAGUAAAGAAACUAGAACUUCGUGAGAAUAUGAUGUCUGCUCAAACUUGUGGCGGAAAUAUUCUGUUUGAGUCUUUACUCAAAUCAAAUCAAUCAUCUGAAGUUAAACAAAUGAUACCAUUCGAUCGUGGCUUAGCCGUGGUAUUCAACCAUUUCAUCAAAUUUUAUUUUUUCUCUGACAAUAAUGGAUGGAAAUGCGUUUUCGAUUUUGAGUACAAUUCAGACGAAAUUGAAUUAGUGGAUUUUGUAUUGGAAUCUUCAUCUGUGAGACAGUUCCUGAUCGCAAUCUAUUCAAAAGAGAUUAUUUUGUGGAAAAAUGGCGAAAACUUGCAUAAUAAUAAUCAAUAUAAUGAUCCAUAUAAUGACCCAUAUCGACCAAGAAGGGUUCCUAUUGAAAUCGAUAAAUUUAUAGAGAUUGGUCAUUAUAAUUUGAAAAACUGUCGUGUUGAUUCAUUGUUUUUUAUUCGAUCUCAACUUGUUACUUUAUGUAAGAAAAAAGGUCGCAUUGGAAUUUGGAAAAAUUCUCGCUUGUUUGAACAAGAUCUGAAAGAGAAUGAUACCGUCUCUGUGAUAACUGCAUUCAACAAAACAAUGAUGGAUUAUCUUUUCCUCUGUUCUAAUCAUGGCGUAAUAUAUCUAAUCGAUAUGCAAAAACUUCCUUUACGAUUGAGUGAUGGUGAUCUAUUAAUUAACGAAUUCUACAAAGAUCCUGAUGGUGAAGAAAUUACAGCAAUUUCAUGCUUAUGCUCUGAUUGUUGGCGGUUUAAUUUAAAUCAUUGUUCACAUUGUCCCAUCGAAAUAGCUUAUGGAACUAAAAGCGGUACGGUCCAUAUCUUGGUUCAAAAUCCGGAAACCCAAUUCCAAGAGCCACAACUUUUCCGUACAAUUCGAGUACAUUUGAGCCCCAUAUGGAAAAUAAUGCUGGACCAUGAAUAUUUAAUGACAAUGUGUACUAAAUUGCAUGUUCGUACUUGGUCAUUGGUCCGAUUUCGAGGAAUGAUUUCGACACAGCCCGGUUUAAAGCCUCAAUCCAAUUUCGCGAUCCGUUAUUCGGGCCAUAGUUUGGAUAACCUUCAUGAUAUUGGUCCAUAUGGACAUCAAGAAGGCUUAAAACAAGUAUUUGUCGAGAUACCUUAUUCCGAUUGUAAUUAUGCAAAUAUAAUCUAUGCAUCUAAUGGCCAAAAAAUUUGCACAUUAGAAUCCGUGGAUGGAUCGAAAAUUACCUCCGUAUGUGGUUUAUCUAUCGACAUUCGGGACCGAAGAUUCAUCUUUACCGGACAUGAAAACGGUAAUGUUCAAGUAUGGGAUCUGAAUCCAGCUAUGAAAAGAAAAAUUAAAGAAAAUAGACCUAAUGAUAAAAACAGGUCAUCAUCACGACCAUCAUCAUCCAUAUCUGAAAACGAAUCGGAUCAUUCCAAUUUCGAUGAUGAAUAAUUUCUUUUGUCAAUUUUUUUCAAAAAAUUUGAUUAAAUCACUCAUUCAUUUGUUAAAAAUCAAUUCAUUCAUAUAAUUAUCUUUUCUUCAUUAUCAUAGCAGUAUAUAGAAAUAAGAAACAAGAGAAUCUUAUCGAAAAAAAAACAAAUGAGUGAAACACAAAAUAAAACAUCCGGUUUUUUUUGAAGACAAAAAUGUAAUUCAUGUAGUGUGUGUAUUAUGAAGAGACACUGAUAGUGAAUAGAAAGAUGAUAUUCUGUUAAAUGAAAAGGUAGAUAGGCAUAUGAUGAUUUAAUUAAUCUCCUAAGAAAAAUGAUAAUGUGUUACAUAAUGAAGCAUGUUCAGGUGAUGUCUUGAUUUUCAUCAUCAUCAUCAUCAUCAUCAGAAAUGAUCUUAAAGCAAAUAAUAACAAUUUAGAAAAAAAAAUCUGAAAAUGAUAAUGAGUAAAAAUUAAAAUAUGUUUUGAGAAUAUUUUAAAAAAAUUUGCUGGUAACUUUUAGUUGACUUAGUUAUCAUAACAGAGGACCGAUCGAAUGAAAAAAGAAAAGAAAAAAAAUUAAUGGAAACAAAAUAAUUUAUGAGUCCUUGAUGAUUGAUUGUAUCAUGGAUUUUUUCUUUUCAUGUGUUGAUGUAUUAAAUGUUGACAAAAGAAAAAUGACAUUCUCGAUUUUCGAUAACGGAAAAAUGAUAGAAUGAAAGAAAAACGUAAUUUUAAACUUAAUCUAAAAAAAUGAAAAAAAAGCAAAAUAAAAAUCG